AUGGGCUUCGCAAUCAUCAUGUCCCCUCGCACUGUCGGCGCCGAUUCCGGCGGGGAGCAGCGUCAGUCAGCUGUCAUCAUUCCCUCAAGUUUGUGGCGUCUUUCUGGGUGCCACCUCCUAUGGCUCCUGGCCGCAACCGCAGUCCUGAAUUCUGUGUUCGCGGCGCCUCAGGGAGCUGAUGAAGACGACUAUGCAGAGUAUGACGUCGACGAAGCCGAAACAGUUGCGCCCGAGGCGCCCUUGAACACGGUAGAGCCGGAGCCCGGGAUUGAGAUGUGUAUUUGGAAUGGCAAAACCUUCACGGAUCUGCAGGAGUGGCAACAGGAUAAUUGCACCACCUGCCGCUGCUUGGCGGGUCAGGUGGCAUGCAACCGAGUGCAGUGUCCAUCCCUCGCGGGCUGCAGAGGCUCGACGGUUCUUUUGGCGAACGAAUGCUGCGAAGUGUGCGUUGAAGAGCAAGAGACAACAGUGUCCGAACCGAUUCCCGGGCUCCCGGGGCCACAAGGAGAUCACGGCAGUCCGGGUCGUCCCGGUGAGAGAGGAGCCCCGGGAGAGCCUGGACAUCACGGUGUUCCGGGACUCCCCGGUCCACCCGGUACUGUCCCCGAUCUGAACAAAUGGUUCACCGAGCAACGAGCACUGUCUGGAGCCUCCGGGGAGAAGGGACCAGUGGAUUUCCAGUACAUGCAAGCCUCGGUCGGUCCCCCGGGAACUCGCGGAACGACGGGACCCCCAGGUCCUCCCGGCCCCCAGGGUUUCCAGGGCACACGUGGCGAACCUGGCGAGCCGGGUCCCCCUGGACCUACAGGACCCCCUGGUGAACGCGGUCCAGUCGGACCGACAGGCAAAGAUGGCGAUACUGGAGAGGACGGAAAACCUGGUGCCCAAGGACCCCCCGGAACACAAGGUCCUCGAGGACUGCCUGGGAUGUCAGGACUUCCGGGGCCGAAAGGUCAUCGAGGUUAUCCAGGUCUCGAUGGACCGAAGGGGGAAACAGGGGCCCCCGGCGAAAAAGGGUCCCUUGGACCACCUGGUAAACCAGGACCCAGCGGACCAGUCGGUCCAGCGGGGCCUCGAGGAGAGCGGGGACGCGAAGGACCAGCUGGGCCUACCGGCAUAAGGGGAACUGACGGCCAGAUUGGUCCUCCCGGACCGCCAGGAUCUGCUGGACGAUCGGGCCCCCCUGGAUUCCCGGGUGCUCCCGGAAUGAAAGGGGAUGCGGGUAGCCAAGGACCCAAGGGCAGUGCUGGAUUGCAAGGCCCCAGGGGAGAAUCUGGGAUACCCGGAUCCACGGGAGAACCUGGACCCACGGGACCCCCCGGCAAAGACGGAGCCCCCGGAGACAAAGGAAGUCGGGGAGACAGUGGAGCGGCUGGAAUACCCGGCUUUCCGGGUCCCCGAGGACCGCAGGGGCUAGCCGGGAGCCCUGGAGUCCCAGGACCGAAGGGGGUCGCGGGGAAUCCUGGCGACCAGGGACACAAGGGUGACAGUGGACCGAAGGGAGAGGCAGGCGCCCUGGGGCCCCGCGGUUUCCCAGGUCCUCAGGGAGUCGCUGGAAAACGGGGAAAAACUGGAGCUCAAGGACCUCCAGGACCGAUUGGGCCUCAAGGAGAAAGGGGCACACCGGGACCACGUGGUCUCCCGGGUCCCGAUGGCCUGCCGGGACAGAAGGGAGAGCAAGGCAUCGCAGGAUCUCUCGGGCCGAUGGGUCCCAAAGGCUCUACGGGAGACAACGGCAAACCAGGCUUGCCUGGUCUGCAAGGCCUCAGAGGGACCCCCGGCCUUCCAGGUCUCCCAGGCAAAGACGGCGUCCCAGGAGUGAGGGGUCUUCCGGGCGCUGAUGGUAAAACCGGAGAGCCCGGCCAACAGGGCUUGCAAGGACUCCCAGGCCCGACAGGACUGCCUGGCAUGAAAGGAGAACAGGGUGAACCUGGUCUCGAUGGUAAACCGGGAGCUCAAGGUCCGCAAGGACCUCGUGGAGACACCGGAAAAGAGGGGCCUAUGGGUAUGGUGGGUUUACCAGGCAAGCCUGGUGAGCCCGGUCUCCGGGGACCUCCCGGACUCCAAGGAUCUCGAGGAUUCCAGGGCCUUCCCGGUAUAGUUGGGAACCCAGGAGCACCAGGAAAGGACGGGGGUCCCGGCGUGCAAGGACCUCCGGGAGCACCCGGUGCGACUGGAUCGCGAGGCGAGCGGGGAUUCCAAGGAGAAACGGGCAAACAAGGUAUCCAAGGGCCACCUGGAGAACGUGGGGAUCCUGGUCCCGCCGGUCAAGAUGGUGCUCGAGGAGUGACCGGAGAGAAAGGAGCGAAGGGACAUCAAGGACCUCCAGGUCUCGUGGGUCUCCCCGGACGUCGAGGAGACAUUGGACCGAUUGGCUCGAAAGGAGAACGCGGCGACCACGGUCCGCCGGGUCCUGAAGGUCCAAUGGGGAGACCAGGCGAGCCUGGAAUCCAGGGACCCGUGGGACCUGUUGGUCAUAUUGGAGAGCCAGGCAUAAAAGGAGAGUCCGGACCGCCCGGACCGAUGGGCCCGACAGGCGCUCCUGGCCAAGUUGGGGAUCGCGGAGCCAUUGGACCGCCCGGUCCCGUGGGCUUCCAGGGUCCUCUCGGACCUCCAGGACCAUCUGGUCCGAAAGGCAACACCGGCGCUAUCGGAGCGAAGGGAGAACAAGGAAAAAGUGGACCACAAGGUCCACCUGGGGAUAUUGGACCGCUCGGACCUAUCGGUCUGCAAGGACCGAAAGGUCCCCGUGGAGAACCAGGUCUGAAAGGAGACAUAGGUCUGCCCGGGCUUCCGGGACGACCGGGUGAAACCGGUCGUGCCGGGGAGCCGGGAGCGAUCGGAGCUCCUGGACCCAUGGGACCUCCGGGAAUUAAGGGAGUGACGGGGGAACCCGGCAGAGUCGGUCCACAGGGACAGCAGGGCAACCCUGGACCCAUCGGUCAGCCUGGAAUCAAAGGGGACGGAGGUGCUGAAGGUCCUGCCGGUCAAUCCGGACCAGUCGGACCUCCCGGACCUCAAGGGGAGCGUGGCUUACCCGGACUGCCCGGCCUCCAGGGACCGAAAGGACCGUACGGACCGCGCGGACCUCAAGGCGAGCGUGGACUCGAAGGCAAACCCGGAGCUGAUGGUCCUGCGGGUCCAGUCGGACUCCAAGGAGUUCAGGGACCCCCCGGACCUCAAGGAGAGAGAGGAACUCCUGGCAAUGAGGGCAAGCAAGGCCCUCCAGGAAUCGCCGGACGCGUUGGAGACAAAGGACCCCAAGGUUCUCCGGGUUCUCAAGGCCCACCCGGACCUCCAGGUCUGAUAGGACCGCUGGGUCCGGCCGGACAGAGAGGUGCGACCGGAGAGCGCGGAGAAAGGGGAGAACCAGGACCGGCCGGUGUCGCUGGUCCGCACGGUCCUCGGGGCGCCCCAGGCGUACCUGGAAUUCAAGGAGCCAAAGGCGAUCGAGGAGAAGUCGGCGAUCGUGGCUUGAAGGGACACAGAGGUCUCGCUGGACUCCAGGGACUGCCGGGACCUGCUGGCCCAGCGGGAGAGCGCGGAGCGCCCGGACCUGCUGGUUCCAGCGGCUUGACAGGUCCGCAGGGUCCACGCGGUACACCAGGCAGAGAUGGGUCUCCCGGGCCCCAGGGAGUUCAAGGAGCGUCCGGUCCUCGGGGACCCGCGGGAGAAAAUGGAAAGCCCGGCACUCCUGGAGCGGCUGGUCCCGUCGGACCACCAGGGCCUCCAGGUGAACCUUUUGGGUACGAUCCGGCCGCACUCCAAGCGAUCCUCGGCAGAACAAACACCAAAGGACCCGAUCCGAUGCUCGGUGAUGAUGCCGGUCUGCUGUUCGACGAGAAGACUUCGGUUGAAGACAAGAAGAAGAUCAUUUUCACUUACUACAAACAGCUCGUCGAGGAGUACGACCGUCUGAGAAAUCCGACGGGGACCAAGGAUUCCCCCGCCAAAACCUGCAGGGAUCUCUCUGUCUCCCAUCCAGAAUUCAAGAGCGGUAUGUACUGGAUCGAUCCAAAUCAGGGUGAUUCGCGGGAUGCGAUCGAAGUCUAUUGCGACAUGGCGAUCGGAGCUUCGUGCAUCACACCAUCGCCGAACGCCGUGGAUAAAAAAGCGCAUUAUAUCGGCAAGGCCAAGCAUGUUUGGUACUCCGAAAUGCCGGGAGGUCGGCAGUUCACCUACAAAAUCGAUCGCGUUCAAUUGACCUUCCUCCAAAUGCUCAGUGGUCGAGCCGAACAGAAUAUCACGUACCACUGUAAGAACUCCGUCGCCUUCUUUGACGCUCAAAAGAACCACUUCAAGAAAGCGGUCAAACUGCUAUCCAGCAAUGAUCUCGAGCUGAAGACCUCGAAAGAUGAAACCUCCACGGUCAACAAGUUCGCCUACGAGGCCGUGUACGAUGGCUGCAAAGAUCGCAAGAACACCUGGGAUCACACGAUUCUAACCUUCAAGUCUGACAAACCGAACAGACUGCCGAUCGUAGACAUCGCUCCGCGCGACAUCGGAAGCAGAUCACAGGAGUUUGGUCUCCAAAUCGGAACAGCUUGUUUCGUUUAGAUAGAG